AUGUCGGAGGCAGUUUGGGGGGCUGUGCGGUCGGCCGGGGUCAACGGCUUCACCCACCUGAACCUGACCAAGCUGGACGUGCUGUCAGACCUCAAGGAGAUCAAGGUGGGUGUUGCGUACGUGACCAAGGACGGCAAGCGCCACACAUCAUCCAUGCCGGCCGACAUCCCGACCCUGGAGCAGCUCGAGGUGGAGUACGAGGUGCUGCCCGGCUGGUGCUCCGACAUCAGCGGCGCGCGCCAGUGGGGCGACCUGCCGCCCGCCGCGCAGGCGUACGUGCGGCGCGUGGAGGAGCUGGCGGGGGUGGAGGUGCGGUGGAUCGGGGUCGGGCCGGGGCGCGACGCGGUGGUCACGAAGCCCUCCCAGUGA